AUGGUAGUAGACGCGCCCUUUACCACAAAGGACUGGGGCAUGAUCGCAGUAGCGACUGUCGUACCGUGUGGAUAUGCGUUCGUUUCUUAUAUGUACCUGAAAGACAGCGAAUACAUGAAAUGGUUCCAGAGCUUGAAGAAACCGCGCUGGAUGCAGAGUAGUUCUGAAUGCCAAGCGACUUGCGAAGCAGUUUUGAUGUCUUCAGUAUGCUGUGGUACAUAUCUGGCUUACAAACAUAGCGAAGGUUUCACCACAUCUGGUUCGAAGUUAGCAGUCGCUGCACUGUCGGGCUUCGCCGGAUUGCAGGUGUUCGCAAGGGUGUUUUUCUUGUACUGUCACAACUUGCCUAUGUUCGCUGGCCUAAUGGCAGUUUCCACCGCUGUGUUGACCACGCUAAGUUACGCGUUUCACGGAAUCCAUCCCUUAGCAGGGACACUGGUUAUGCCCGCAGCUGUAUGUUCUUUCUGUGGCGUCUGCGGCUUGACCCAAAUGGCGAUCGAAGAACGAAAAAGUUCAAAAGGCGAUGAAGCAAAUUAA